AUAAUAACAAGCUCACGCGACCGGAUGUGACAGGCCCAAAGGGAUUGUGGGAAGUCAGACUCGCGGUGUCCGUCCUUGUGCUGUGACUUUACCUCCUAGCUAGACAUAACAGAAGUUUGCCAAAAUGUACAGACAACUCAUGAGACUUCAGCAGCUUUCCAGGCGGACCAUCACCAGCAGUGCCCGCAGACAGAUUGAUAACACUGUGAAGGACAAACAAAAACUGUUUCAGGAGGACGACGGUAUUCCUAUCCAUCUGAAGGGCGGGUCAAAGGAUGCUGUGCUCUACAGAACCACAAUGGCUCUAACUGUGUUUGGGAGUGGGUAUGUUGUGUAUGAGCUGUUUAGUGCUGCAAUGCCCAAGAAGCCACAGUGACACAGGGGAUUGGCAAAUUGGGAUUUAUCAUCUGAUGAAACAAGCAUGCACAUGCUGUGUGCAAUUCAUCAACUCUGUUGUGCAGAUUGGUAAUCUGGGAAAUUAUUUGUCCUAUCAAUAAUAUCAGUAUUUUUAAUGUUUGAAAUGAAUAUUUAUUGAUUGUACAAAUCAUGAGCUGCAAAUAAUAAUAAAAAUGUAUCUAUCUCA